AUGAAUCCUUUUCGCUCCACCCUGAUGGCCUUCAGGGAACCGAGCCCCUCUUUCCGCGAGGCUGCAAUGUGUACUUCAAUGAGAUAUUGUUACUCCCUUCUGUCAAACCAACGGUUGCCCCCUCCAAUCUGCACCAUGAGCUUCGGAUAUGGUGUCGGGGACUUCCUCGCUGUAGUGAAUCUCGCUAAGACCAUCAAGGAACGCUUUGUCAAUGCACCUGAACAAUUCAAAAAAAUUUCAGAAACCUCAAAAACCUUGUGCAAUGUCCUCCGUGAUAUCGAAAAUACCUACCAACAAGCGGGGCUUAAUACCAUGCAGAAAAGGCAUUUAGACGAUGUUUAUAGAUCUUGCUAUAAUGACUUGAAUGAACUGCUCCGCAGAUUAGACAAAUACCAGGAGUUAAACAUUGGUACUAACAGCUUAGGUGGUGCCUAUCGCCGUUUUUGGAAGAGACUCAAAUGGGACCAAGCUAGAAUGGCUGAAAUGCAUCAGAGAAUACACUCGGAUAUUCAUGUCUUCAGUCUCUUGAGUACUAGUCUGACCAGUCAGGUAGCCUUUGCAACGAAAGAGCUCGUUGACCAAAUCAACAACACCAUGGAAGAUAAAGCCUGUCAUGAGAUCCUUGAAUGGCUUACAACAGUAAAUUACGCAACUCAGCAAGAAGACUUUCUCAAACGUCGCCAGGACGGUACCGGUAAGUGGUUACUAGGCACAGACAAGUUUCAGCAGUGGAUCAACAACGAAAACAAAAAUAUCCUGUGCACGGGCAUACCUGGAGCUGGAAAAACAAUACUUACUGCUAUUGUCAUUGAAAAUCUUGAAGAGAAGUGUAAAUACGAUCGAAGUGUUGGUCUCGCCUACAUAUACUGCAACUUUCGGCGCCAUAAUGAGCAGAGUGUGGACGAUGUACUUGCGAGUCUGAUAAAGCAAUUGUGUCAAAGAAUGUUGUCUCUUCCUGAGGAUAUAAAGUCUCUAUAUGCACAACACAAGAAACGACAAACUCGGCCGAAACUCGACGAACUUUUCGAGAGCCUAUCCGUUCUGCUUGGUCACUUCUCGAGGAUCUUCAUAGUGGUAGACGCCCUUGAUGAAUAUUCAUCUAGGGAUGAAGCGCUACGCAGGUUGUUAUUGGAAUUGUUUCGUCUGCAGAGCAACAGCACAGUUAGCAUAUUUGCUACGUCACGACACAGCCCGGCCAUCCAAUCGGCAUUCGAAGGUUGUUUACAGCAAGAAAUCUCUGCUGCUGCUGAAGAUGUAAGGGCAUAUCUGGAAGGUCACAUAUCUCAGCUGUCAAGAGUCGUGCUACGCAACGAUGAGCUACAGAAGGAAAUAGUCAACGCAAUUACGAAAACGGUGAAUGGAAUGUUUCUUCUUGCUCAACUCCACCUCGACUCAUUGGAAGGAAAGCUCUCGGUAACGGCGAUUCAGAGAGCACUCAAGCAAUUGCCAUCCGGAACUGACGCCUACAAUAUUGCAUAUGAGGAAACCAUGGAACGGAUAAAUGGGAAGACGGCUGGAGAGAAGGAUCAUAUCAUCCGCUUGGUCCACCAUACCGCACAGGAGUAUUUCGAGAGAACCCAGACCCAGUGGUUUCCCCGAGCGCACUAUGACAUGGCAAAAGUCUGCAUGGCAUACUUAUCGUAUUGCCUUCAGUCAGGAGCAGGCUUACGCACAGCCGGUUAUCCCUUUGCCCGCUACUCUCGUCACUAUUGGGCACAUCAUUUUGCGCGCGCCCUUGCAAAACCAGGACUGGCACGCGGCCUCCUGCUGGACAAGAAGAAGGUCGUGCUUUGCGCACAAGAUUUCGUUACUCACUUGGGAAUUAGGAAAGCAUUUCAACUGACUGUGCAAGUGCCAGAAUUGGUGACAGAAGCCCAUCUGGCGGCAUUCUUUGGGUCGGAAAAUGCGCUGAGGGAGUUGCUAGAAGCCGGGUAUGCCUUGAAUUCCCUUGAUGCUACAAACAGAUCUCCAUUAUCAUGGGCGGCAGAGAAUGGCCAUGAGGAAGCAACCAGGUUUUUGAUCAAACAAGGACUCGUUAUAGAUCACAAAGACCGGUGGGGGCUUACUCCACUCGCGCUAGCAGCAAACAAGGGCAAUUCUGGGGUUAUGAGCUUACUCUUGAGCAAUGGAGCCAGUCCAGACUUGAGGGGAAACGCUGGCCGAACCCCUUUGAUGCUAGGUUGUCAAAAAGGCCAUGACUAUGUCAUGGAUGGCGAUACGAUGCUACGGGCCGCAUUUGAUUCUCAAAAGAAGGUAGUCGAACUUUUGCUCGAGGCAAAUUGUGACCCUAAUUUAAAAGAUGAACGUGGCUGGACCGCGCUCCACUACGCCGCUCGUAACAACCACUGCGAAGUUAUUAAGCUAUUACUGGCCAAGGGGGCUGAUCGUCUUAGUACAGAUAAUGCAGGUCGGACAGCACUUUUCAACGCAGCUAGAUACGAGAAUGGGUUUGUUGUCGACCUAUUGCUCAAACAAGGGUUCGAUCCAAACCACAUGGAUGGUUCCGGCAUGACUCCGUUGUUGCUCGCUUUGGAGCACAAAUGCUAUAGAGCUGCUAUGGAAUUAAUAAACAUUGGAAUUUGUGCGGACGUGAGAAGUAGACGUCGGGGCAUAACACCAUUGAUUUGCGCGAUCCAGGAAGACCAUCACAGGAUAGCCAGGAGCCUAUUAGACUGCGGUGCUGACCCUAACCUCACUGAUAAGAAACUCGGUCGACCUCCAUUAGUAUGGGCAGCGAGGAGAGGUAAUUAUUCGAUGGUGGAAGCAUUGUUGAGCAGAGGGGUUGACGCAGACAGCCAGGACCGCAACGGUUGGACGGCUCUGUUGGUUGCUAUAGCGUUGGAUCGCAAAGAGACUGGAGACGAAGCCCUAGUUAAGCAAAUCCUUGAGUCUGGGGGCUACCCAGAAGCUCACAGUUUCCACGUCAUGAGCCCUGUGACGCGGCCCACACGCCGUGGUUACGAGGGCAUUGUGAGAUUACUUUUGCAGUACAAGGCGAACCCGGACGCGGCAAACAGGCAAGGAUGGACGCCGUUGAUGGCCGCAGCAGCAGCAGGACGCGGAAGUACACGCCGGGAUAAGUACGGCCGCGAUGCUGCCCUCCACGCGCGAAGACAUGGGCACGACCAAAUCGCGCUACUUCUCUCGCGUCAAAUGGAUGAGACCAACAUGACCAUCAAUGAAGCUGUCUGCACCGCAGGCCAGCCGGAAAACGCUCCUCUUAUUGCUUGUCGUGCAACAGGAACACGAGAAUCGGGGAAGUCACCUGUCAGUUUGUAG